AUGGUCAACUCCCUGCUUCUAGCGGGCCUUGCUGUCUUCGCUUCCACCACUCAAUCGCAUCCCCAUAUCCUUUCAUCUGGCGUGACAGGCCUGUAUCGUGUUGUCGACGAUCACUACGUCGGUUCGGACGGCGUUGCCCACGUCUAUUUCAAGCAGACCUUGCACAGGAUUGACAGUGAUAAUGGCCAUCUCAAUGUAAACACCAAGCUUGUCUACCUUUGCAAGAAGGACGGUGAACCGGCCCUCACAUGGUUGAGUGACGGCCAGAGCAACACCACCAGUCGCGGCAACAAUGCCAUAGCCCAGGAUAACCCUACAGGCGGCGAUGACUAUGGGAAACAACCACCGACCGAACAGGCCCAACGACGCUUUUGUGAUCCUUACGACCCGUCACAGAGCGGCCCGACAGCUACAACAACGCAUCCAUCACACAGCUUUUCUUCACGGCCAACAAGUACCACGACCUGCUCUACGUGCUAG